ACCCAAAAAAAAAAACGGAAAAAGGAAGCGGCAAGUGAAGACAACUGGGGAAAAAAUAUCUGACUGGCGUUGGUUGUUGUAGAUAUUUAUCAGCCUUGGUCUGACGUGGCACUCAACUGCUGCUAUUGACACGUGUAAAAGCGUUUCCAUGUGGAGCCUUCACUCUCUCUCUCACACCGCCUCUCUCUCUCCCAAAUUUUGGCCAAGGGUUUGUCUUCUCCUUUCAUUUACCCAGAUAUUUUUCUUCUGUUUGAUCACCACAAUCUGCUCAUGGAAGGAAUUUUGGGUUCGGAGACUCAGCGUCGGCCUCUGGCGGUGGCGGCGGCUGAUACAGUUUGCGACUACCACUUGAUUCGGUCGAACUCGGAUGCAUCGUCCUUGACUGUUGAGAACUGCAAGGAUCCCUUUCGCCAUUCGAAGAAUGUGACGCCGGAUGAAUGCACAGCAUGGACAAAUGGGAAACACAAUUCAUAUCUCUAUCAUUUGGAAAUGUCAUUUGUUGAACAGUUGUACCAAUCGAAAUCUGUGCUUGCACGAUGCUCAGGGCACAACUUGAGAGACAUAAAUAUAUCUCGGAAGCAGUUGAUCAAUUUGAACAAUGCUUCUAACCAGUAUGAUGUUUCGCGUAAUAGAUGUUGGCAAAAGAGUAAGUGUGCAGUGGGUGAGCCUAUUCACAGUAGUACUUCAGCUGAUCCCCAUGCAUCUCUUGAGAAUAGGAGGACACACCAUUCCAAGCGUGUGGGUGUGCACUGUCAUCCAUCACUUACUAAAGUAUCCACAUCAAUGAAGCUUAUUAGGACAUGGAAACAAGGGGAAGGGAUGAUAUCUUAUGGAACACAAACAUGUUCACAGGACAUAAUUGACCUAUGUAGAGAGGGGACAGGUCAGAAUUUUAUGGAUGAAGACAAUCAAAGUACACUAAAUUCUGAGUCUCAAGCAAAAAGGUUGAAGAUAGCUUUAGAGGAUGGAUCGCAUCAGGAUCAAGUAAUGUGUAGAGUUGAAUUCUAUUUUGCAAGUCUUGUUAUGAAAAUAAACUCUUGGUUCUCUUCUUGAUCCUGGUGCCCUUUUUUUUGCAGAUUGUGUCUUCAAAGGAAUGGCAUCCAGCAGAUUGUGUGUUGAAUAAUUGAGACCUGUGCUUAUUCUCCAACUUGAAAUACAUUUUCACAUGGGAGCCCCUGUGGACAUUACUAUUAAAAGAGGAUCAUGAAGAUUAAAAUGAGGUUCAAGAUUUCAAGUUUCCCCUGGCAUUGCCCAAUCGAGGUAACAUAUAAAGUUGAGUCCAUGUGAGCUGAGCUGAUAGGAAGGACGUGAUCCCGUGGAAUUUUGAUAUCCUAAAACCAAGAACCAUAUCCUUUGUCGUAGUAGAUUACUAGGAACAGAAGCUUCAUGCAUGCACAAACUCAUUUACUUGACCUGUAGAUGAGAUGGAGAUGCAUAUGUAUAAUGAUUUAUAUAGUUACCUGUGUAAAGAAGCUGCUUUCUCCCUCCUAUGGAUUAUAGGUUAUGUGGACGGGGAUGUAAAUGGUCUCUAGAUGUCUAGGUGAACAUCCGUCUCCUGCUUUCAAUUUUGUGAGCUUUGUAGUUUAGUGUUGGGAGUCUUUUGCAUUUGCUUACUCCACAAAUGUAUAUAUAUUGUUGCUCUUUUAAAUUUUGAGUGAUAUUGCUAAUACAUUUUUGUGGGAGUAAGUAUUAUUUUCUCCA